AUGUGGAAGCGUUGCUGGCGGCUGCUCGGGUCAACAAACCGAUACACGGAUGGUUCAGGACGGCGAUUGGACCCGUCUGGUCUCCCAAAAGAGUUGGAACUGCCGCCCAUCAGUAACCGUGCCUACCCUGUUCGCGGGGAAAACUGGCAGCCCGUUCUUGCCGGGGAACCUUCACCACACAAGGGUAACGUCAUCAUUUCCGGUGCCGGAGUUGUGGGUUUGACGGUGGCAGCCCUCUUUGCACUGCGCGGCUGGCACACGAGCGUCAUUGAGCAGAACGUCUCUGCCCUGAAGCCGUCGCCUGUUGUUGCCCAGCCACCGGUGCCGUCAACUGGCACGAACGUGGAAAUGACAGACACUGCGCAGUAUCGUUUUGGACCGUUUCUUGGGCUCCAACACGCCCUCGCAACACGUCGAGCUGUUGAUGCACUGGAAGCGGCAGGUCUAAACAUCCGAGAAUUGAGGCAAUGUGGCGUGCCCGUGUCUGGCGUCAUGGACCAUCCUGGCGCCUACAACAGCUGGCUAACGCGGGGGUUGACGGAGCAUCACCCGUUUGCCAUCAAAAUGUUGUCAAUGGACUUGUUGGCGCUUCGGCAGUUGCUCGAACUCCAUGUGCAUGCGUUACCCACGGGAACCUGUCGUAUCUUUCAUGAGCACGUCAUAGAGGCGGUUUACCCGCUGAAACAACAGCUUGUAGUGAAGCCUCUCCGUGAGAGUCAGACGCAUGCGUGGCGAAUGCAACAAAAAAGUGCUUGUAAGGUUAACCCAAGUGAAGAUAAUGCUGGAACAGGAACUAGAGAAAGAGAGGAUGAUGCCGCUGAAGUCAUAGUUAGGCGAGGUUAUCGCAUGGAGACGAGUCUUACCCUUCAUCGUUUGAAGUGGGAGAAAAAAUUUUCAACUGAGGCGGUGGAUUAUGACCUGCUUGUCUGUGCGGAGGGAGCGGACUCGCAACUUCGAGACCUCAUUGAUGUGGAAGGGUUUGCCGCAGAUGGCGACUUUGGCAUGCGAUGGUUUCUUCUUCGGAGUAAAAAGCUGAGCCAUGCACACAUACACCGCUGGCUGCAUAAACGACGUAAGUCACCCAAGCAGGUUGAUGUCUGUUCGCCUUUUCAAGUACCGAUUGCCAUUGCUUUUCCUCGCCAGGAUCGUGAGAGCAAUGGUGAUGAUGCAAAGGAAAAAGAAAGCAGCUUUGCCCUUCUUGUAUAUGGCCCUUCCAGUGAUAUUGAACGCCUUUCUGACGAAGAAGCCCUACGCAGUUUUUGUCCUGACCUUGCAGAAAAUGAUACGACGUGUCAGAUCAUCUCCUUCACACGUACUGUUGUGCCGUAUCCAACCAUUUAUUGUGAAAAUCUUUUUAAUAGCGUUGGCCUUCCCUCCGCGGUGGUUGUUGGCGAUUCAGCACAUACGUGCAAUCCCUUUUGGCUUCAAGGAUUAGCCAUGGGUCUCGAGGAUGGGGUCAACCUGCUGAAUCAAGUGGAUGCCUACUCCAAACAUUUUUACGAUGCCAUCAAACAGUAUAGUCAGGAACGUGGCUGCAGUGGUGAUGCUCUGCGAGAAAUCACGGAUCGUUGCCUGUACUAUGAACGGAUGAAGCAUAUUAAUCCGCUUGUACGUUUUCAAAACAGUUUUCAGCUGGCCAUGAACAUGAUUUUGCCUCGAUCAUUUAACGAAUAUUAUUCAGGGGCAUCUGUCAAUCAUUUGUACUCCAAAAGCAUAGAAGAAAUGUUGAAUGGUCGUGGGUACACUUCUUACGAAUACGCUGAAAAACAGCAAGCAAAACACCGGGCUUUUUUUCACCUGGGAAGGGUGUACACUUGA